CUUGUGAAAGUCAUGCUCCGGGUUGGCAGCAUCGUCGUUUAGCCACUCGUGAAGAAAAGUGUGUGAAACAGGCGAAUAUUCGGUGCUGCCCGCCUUCAGCCGUGUGCGUGUGGUCAUGGAUCCUGACGGACAGCUGCGCAAUCUUCGCGACUUUCUUCUGGUUUAUAACCGAAUGACUGAGAUCUGUUUCCAGCGCUGCACGACUAAUUUCAACUACAGAAGCCUUACAAUGGAUGAAGAGCACUGUGCUGACAGCUGUGCUGGUAAAUUAAUCCGCUCUAACCAUCGUCUCAUGGGGACGUAUGUGAAGUUGAUGCCGGCGAUGGUGCAGCGGCGAAUGGAGGAGUUGGAGAGCAAGGCUGCAGAAACGGCAAAGGCAGUGGAGUUAGCAGCCCCAGUGCAGCCACUGGCUGAAGGUUUAGGAACACCAGAGACAUCAACCAUGGUGUCUUCAUCUACAGCCGAACAUGUGGGGACCACAGAAGCACUUGCUGGAUCAGCAUCAUUUACACCAUCAACUUCUGAGCCUACACUAAGCAGUCUGUCACCAGCUCCAGCACCGGAAGUGCCACUUAUGUCAGAAUCUGCCGUUCAAGCCGCAGAUGCAGCCGUUCCAUCUGUAACAUCGCAGGCUACAAACGUGUCAUUGAUUUCACCACUUGUUACAGAACAUGCUCAAAACACUGCAGCUGAGCUUCCAGCAGUCCUACCAUCCACUCAGGGAUCUUCUAUAAAUUCCAGCUUACCUGCACAAGAUUCACUCUCAAGUGUAGUGGCAGCCAUCCCGAUAGAAAAGUUAGCUCUAAAGCAGGUUAGUGUAGACCGCAGCAGCACUUCACCAGUCCCAGGACUUCAGUCUACUGUUGGGACAAAACAAGACAAGACAACUUGAUGUCACUUGCUUAAAGGGGAAUUUCUGCAUAGUUCAGUUGUUGAGACGUCGUGAGUGUUUUCAUGUGAAAUGGUGCACUAGAGAACAUUAAUGACUGAUUUCUUGACAGUAGUGGUGAUGGGAACCAGGAGUCAUAAAGUCUGUUACACAAUACAACCAUUUUAUUCACUAUCUGGAAAAAACAGUCUACCUACUCACGUAUUCUGAGUUUGUAUAUAUAAUGUUAAUAAUGGGGAAUAAUUAGUGGUAAAUCUGACUCUUUUUGGAGGGGAGGGGGGGGAUAUUUUGCCUUACAGCGCUCAGCAUGUACCUCUUUGCCAUAAAUGGAUUUUAAUAUGUUUUAGACGAAAACCUUAAAACAAAACUACAAUAAAACAACGUGUCUGACAUCAGCCAGAGCCUUCAAAACCAUUCAAUGCUACGUACUCUGGUUCCGAUCACCGCCAAUGUGAUAAAUUCUCUUUCUCUAAAGUGGAGCAUUUCACAUUAAACCACUCUAAAUUUACAUCCUAAGAUUUCAGAUAAAUUUUGAAAAAGAAUUGGAAUUUCCCCUUUUAUGUUCAGAAAGACUGAAAGGUAUGAUAACUUGAACUUGCUUCAGCAUCGUGGGCUGAUGGGCAAACCGUUAAUGACCGAUCUCAUGUAAUGAGUGCGGAGGCAGUGGCAGAUAAACCCUUUUCUAUGACUGUGGUUCAAGCCUCCUGUUCUGAUAAUGGGACUGUUGGUGUAACUGAAAGGACAAGCUGAAAGACGCACAGUCCACAUGAACGACUUCAUGCACAAGAACCUUCCAGCAGGUAGCUUUCACAGAAGGAGCUUUAUCGUUAGUGUCAUGAAACGGAAGGUAACGGCGUUUCCUCGGCCCUGUAAUUCCUACAAUGGUGUUUAAAUUUCUAAAGCCUGAACUUCAACAAAAAUAAAGCAGAUGAAAAUGAAAACUGAAA